AUGAAACCCGCUCUGACAAGUAGCCGCUUCCCCUUCGCAGCGACAAAUGCGCGUACAGUCUUCCGCCGUAAUAGCACCGUUACGGCACCGGCCGACAGUGUGUGGAGCAGCAUGGCACUGCAGUCCGCCCGGGCCGCGGAGGACCGGGGGUGCUGGCUUAUGUCCUCCGAGGUCUGGGGGUGGGGAGAGCUUCUUGUUGGGGAUUGGUUCAGCCAACGUGGUAGUGGUGAGGAGAGAGGCGAUGACUAG